AUGGCACGAGCAGCUUUAAAAUUACUACGAAUAGUACAGGCUCGAAAACAUAGCACGUAUUCACACCCAGCACCAUUCUAUCCCAAGUUCAACACACACGCUUUGCCAUAUGAUCCUCAAGAGCCGAGAAACCUUCUUCCGUGCGAGCAAAACUACAUUCAACCGCAACCAAAACUUAAUGACAAUAUAAUAGUGGCGAUGUCUUCUGGAGUCGACUCUUCAGUGUGCGCCGCUCUAUACUCCAAGUACCCGAAUGUUAAAGGGAUAUACAUGUCAAACUGGUCUCAAACUGCCACAUGCACUGAGCGAGAGUGGAAAGAUGUCAAACAAGUGUGCCAUAAGUUGGGCAUACCAUGUGAACGAGUUAACUUUGAGUCCGACUAUUGGAACAAUGUUUUUGCUCCCAUGGUUGAGAAAUAUCGUGCUGGUUUAACUCCAAACCCCGAUGUCGGGUGUAACAAAUAUGUUAAAUUUGGUAAAUUGGCUCAUUAUUUGAAUGACAAGUAUGGCGAUGGCUGGUGGUUAGUCACGGGCCACUAUGCGCGUGUGAUGCAAAAUGCCGCUGGCGAGUACCAUCUACUUCGCGGGUUGAGUACUCGUAAAGAUCAGUCAUAUUAUCUUUCCUCGAUCCCGUCAAACAUCCUCAGCAAAGUGAUUCUUCCAAUGGGCCACUAUUUAAAAUCUGAAACGAGGGAAAUUGCCAAGCAAUUUGAUCUUCACGUAAAGAACAAACCGGAUUCACAAGGACUUUGUUUUGUCAAUCCCAACCAAUCAAAUUUCCGAGAUUUUCUCAAUGAGUAUAUCGAACCUAAUCCCGGUGACAUUGUGACUGAGGAUGGCAAAGUAUGGGGUCAUCAUCAGGGGCUAUGGCAUGCUACAAUUGGGCAGAAAUCAAGUGUGUCGAUGCCCCAGGGUGAUCCAAAUUACAAGGGUGUAUGGUUUGUUGCUGAAAAGAAUAUUGACAAGAAUCAAUUGAUUAUAGUUAGGGGCCAUGAUAAUCCAAAGCUAUACAAGUCAAGGGUUGUUGUUAGUGAUAUUGAUUGGGUUUAUGAUGUAGCGAAAGUUAUGGCACUUGAUGCCAAUGAGGUUGAAUUUCAACAACACUCGUUGUCGACACCUACAAGAGUAAAACUGUGGAAUUUGAACAGUGAUAGUGUUGGAAAGUUGGAAUUGGAGUUGGAGUUGGAGUUGAUUGACAGUGUGAGGGCUUUAGCACCUGGACAAGCUGGGGUUCUUUACCAUGGUAAGCAAGUUUUAGGCGGUGGGGUAAUUUCAAAAACGGAUACGUAG